UUUCCUCAGAGCCCUAGCAGGGGGAGAGGUACAUAUCAACUACCUUUCUGGCUUCAGAGAUCUGUGUUUAGGCUGCUACCACACAGAUUGGGGCAGGAAAGGGCCAACUAAAGCUUUUGAGGCAUUUUGUCACCAUGGCCUUGAAACCUGACGACCCUUGUGGUGGGUUCCGGCAUAGCAAGGUUCUGGAGUUCAUCAAUGAGAAGAUAGCAGGUCACGAGAAUGGCCCAGAGUUCUAUGUCGCAAAUACAUUCCUGUCCUGGGACGAGGUGGAGGACAAACUCAAGGACAUCUUGGAGGACAGCGAGGUGCCCAGCGAGGCCAAAGAGGCCUGUGCCUGGAGCAGCCUGGCCUUGGGCAUGCGCUUCGCCUACAGGCAGAGCCAGUUACAUGCACGCAGGGUGCAGUGGCUGCAGGAUUUCGCCAAACUGCACAAGUCGGCUGCGCAGUCCUUGGCCACAGACGUGAGAGAGCUGAACACGCAACAGGAGUUGGAGCGCAAUGAGGCAGCCUUAAGGCUGAGGCAGACCCAGGCCAAUCUAGCAGAGAUGAGAAAGGAAAGGGACUUGCUGAGGUGGAAGCUCCUCCGGGCGGAGAUGGAGUCUCCCCCUGAUUGGGCUGCAGAGGGGCCACUAGUGGCAACUGUCAGGAGAAUGAAGACUGAAGGAACAGGUGAGAAGGAAGAGUCAGUGGGAGCGGCUGCUACUGCUCCCGCUGCUACUCCUGCUCCCACUGCCGGUGAAGCCUCUGCUGUCUUAGAAGAAGCAGGAGAAAAACCAGAGGAGGAGGAAGGAGCCAUGGCCACAAAGGAGCUGGGUGGAGGUGUAGUGCAGCCUGGAAAUUUAAAGCAUAAAAUUUACACCGCGGGUAGGCAGCGGGAGGGUGAUGGCAAGUCAGUGGAAACAACCACAUUUUAUUUCUCUGGGACCACGGUGCGACGUGGGUCCACAAUCUCAACAGCACCCCUUCAUGUCCAUCUCCCUCCUUCAUUCACAUACUCAUACCCACGCCCUUCAUCCCCCUUCCAAGACACACCCACACCAUCUCCACCAACAGCAACUGUAGUGCCAUCUCAGAUGCCUUCUGCUGAUGCUAGCUCAUUGUCUGACCUGGGGGGGCAGGGACUAGACCCUCAAGAGCUUCAAACAGACAGGAAAGACUUAGAUACCAGCCUGCAGAAAAGAGCUCUAGUAUUUCGUAGGCCUGGGGACUGGGACUGCCCUUGGUGUAAAGCUGUGAAUUUUUCACGGAGGAAAACUUGUUUCCGCUGUGGGAGGGGAAUCUGGCUACAAAAUCCUUAAAUUCAGAAAUGUAAAGUAACAAAAAUAUAUC